GUGCCAAGGUGUUGUUCCGUGUGGGGCUGACCCUGGUGCGCCUGGCGCUGGGAACUGCAGAGCAGCGCGGGGCCUGCCCAGGCCUCCUGGAGACACUCGGUGCCCUUCGAGCCAUCCCCGCCGCCCAGCUGCAGGAGGAGGCCUUCAUGGCCCAGGUGCACAGCGUGGCGCUGUCCGAGCGGGACCUGCAGAGGGAGAUAAGAGUCCAGAUGGCCCAGCUGCCCCAGUCAGCCCCCGGGCCGCCCCCUCGGCCGCAGGCCCGCCUGGCUGGGGCCCAGGCCAUCUUCGAGGCCCAGCAGCUGGCAGGGGCACGAGGAGGCGCCAGGCCCGAGGUGCCUCGGAUUGUGGUGCAGCCCCCAGAGGAGUCCAGGUCUCCAAGGCGCAAACCCCAGACCCGUGGCAAGACUUUCCACGGGCUCCUGACUCGGGCCCGGGGCCCCCCCAUUGAGGGCCCCCCCAGAGCCCACCGAGGCUCUUCUUCCUUCCUGGACACCCGCUUCUGA